AUGGAAUUAAUUGAUAGAACAUUACGCGAUUUUAUGAAUGUUGAUAUGCCAUUUGGUGGAAAAACUAUGCUUUUGGGUGGUGAUUUUAGACAAUUAUUGCCUGUUCAAGUUAAUGCUACGAGAAGCAAAUUAGUUAAUUUAUCUAUUAAAUCUAGCACAUUAUGGAGCCAUUUUAAGGUGAUAUCAUUAACAGAAAAUAUGAGAACUUUACCUGAGUAUUUGAAUACAUUAAAUCCAUCAAAUUUCCCGCCUUAUGAAUUACGAUUAAGAGCCAAUUGUAUUGUCAUGCUACUUCGAAAUCUUAGUAUUAAUGAAGGUUUAUGUAAUGGAACGCGAAUGCAGGUAUUAGAACUAUCAAACAAUCUGCUACGUUGUCGUGUUUUAACAGGUGAUAAGUGCGUUUAA